CCUCAGCGCCGUUUCCAGCCGGCGGCGUUUGGCGGGAGCACGGCGGGAGCUCCGAAGGGGAGGCGGCGGGAACGGCUCCGGGAUGUCGGUUAAGAGAGCAUUAAAUUUGGACAGUGUUAAAAAAGAUGAUCCACCUGAUGCAACUCCCCAGAAGGCCAAAAGGAACAAGCUGAACUUUUACUCCCCCACCACAGGCACUCGCCAGAUCAGUCCCUUCUCCUCUCCCUCCAGCCACAGGGCAGCAAAUCCCAGCAAUGGCCCCGAAAGUGAGGGAGGUGGGAAUGAGCAGAGCGAUUCUGAGAGCGGAUUAUCCAGGAGAGGGCAGCCGCAAACAGAGCACGAUGUGUUCCUGCAACUGCAGUCCCAAGUGAGAAAUUCCUUGCCCAGGAUUCUGAAACUCAGAGAAAAUCUGACAAGCCUGAAGGCUUUGGAGGGCAGUAGAGAGCUGGAAAAUAUCCUGGGAGUCUCACACUCGUCCUGUGUCCUGAGCGCUGAACUGCAGAAAACCCAAGCGCUGGUGAGUCAAGCAGAAAAACUGCAGCUGUUGAAAGCAAACCAUGGCAAAGUCCCUGCCCGAGGGCACAUCCAGGCUGCCGGCAGUGCUGCAUUCCUGGACAGAAGGAAGAAGCCCCCGGGCCUGCUCCCGACCUUGCCCAGCACCGAGGCACAGCCAGAGUGACCAGGACCAGGGUGCUCCUUGUAAAGCAAGUGCAGGGAGCUCUGGGAGGUCCUGCAAGGGUCUGAGGGCAGUCUGUUGUUUCUCUACACCUGGGAUUUGUUCCUGGUUUGUUCAGCACCGUGACAAAGAAACUCUGCUCCCCCACUAAAACAUCCUGUGCUGUUUCUCCUCAUCGUGUUGCUGCUCUGGCUCCUUGUCCUUGUUGCAGCAUUUCUCCUCGCCACUUUGUUCCUCCUUUGGUUACUCGUCCUUGUUCCUUCAAACAUCCCAAAACGUUCCUGCAGCGCUGGGCAGAGGGGCUGCUGCCCUGCCCUGCCCUAGGCCCUGUGCGUGUUUUACUGGACACCACAGCCAAUACUCCAAACAGAUCCCAUGAACGAUGAUGCUGCUGUCUAAUUGCUAUUUAUUUUAGUCAUUCCUCAUCUCCCCACAGGCAUUAUGUGAAAAAUGCAUUCCACAUCAACCCAAACUUCUCCAUCUGCUGGACUGGACUUAAAAGGAGCGAAGAACUGAGUGUAAACCAAUCUCCCCAGCAAAUCCCAGCUGGGGAGCGCUCGCUGCGCCGGGCAGGUGCACGUCCAGAUAACAUUUCUGGCAUCUAUUUCAACUUAACAAUGUGCACAACCAGAUAAUCUCAAUGUAAAUAAUCCACCCUGGGUGCUCUGCAGCCCUGUGCCAGUGGGGCUGGUGCUGUGUGGAAAUAAACUCUGAGCUCUGGAGGGCUUCUCCAGCACUGCCUGGGCCUCUGGGGCUGGAGGGAGCUCUGCAGUGCCAGGAAUUAGUUAU